CAUUGGAACUUUUGUAUAAAUAUGCAAUGUGGUAUUGUAGUAGGUAAAUUAGUAUCAACUAUAAAAAAGUUUCAUCCUUCAAACAACUACUCCAAAUCACCAAGAAAUUUCAAACAUUUCAUAUUUUUCUAGUUUGGUUUUCUCCUUUAGUGCAUCAAGUUUGUUGAUUUAAGCCAAGUAUACAUGUAUAUUGAUUGAUGCAAGAUGACCAUGAAGAAGAUUACAUGGAAAUCAGUCAUCUUCACUUGUUCCAAUAAGAGUAAGAGCUCCUCUUUGCCGGAAUCCGAUAUCAUCGAUAAACAAGUUGUGAAACAAUUAGCUUCAUUUCAGAGGCUAUCUCUCUCGGAUUUAAGCAAUCCCAGUUCACCACUAUCUGCAGAUGAUCUAUCAAAUUCUGUCAUUGGCUCAAAGCUUCAUGUUUUCACACUUGCGGAGCUGAGAAUAGUGACUGCGAAUUUCUCCAGGAGUAAUAUGCUCGGCGAAGGCGGGUUCGGACCUGUGUACAAGGGAUUUGUUGAUGACAAGAUGAAGCCGGGGUUGAAGGCUCAGCCUGUUGCUGUUAAGGCUCUGGAUUUGGAUGGAUUGCAAGGCCAUAAAGAGUGGAUGGCAGAAAUAAUCUUUCUUGGCCAACUGAGGCAUCCCCAUCUUGUUAAGUUGAUAGGAUACUGCUGGGAGGAUGAACACAGACUCCUGGUUUAUGAAUACAUGGCUAGAGGCAGCUUGGAAAACCAACUCUUCAAAAGAUAUUCAGCAGCCUUGCCAUGGUCAACCCGGAUGAAAAUCGCUCUAGGGGCCGCCAAGGGCCUAGCCUUUUUACACGAAGAAGAUAAACCAGUGAUAUACCGAGACUUCAAAACAUCAAAUAUUUUGUUGGAUGCUGAUUACACCGCAAAACUCUCAGAUUUUGGGCUUGCAAAAGAUGGCCCAGAAGGAGAAGAAACACACGUGAUAACACGUGUAAUGGGCACACAAGGUUAUGCUGCUCCUGAGUAUGUCAUGACUGGUCACUUGACGACGAUGAGUGAUGUCUAUAGUUUUGGAGUAGUUUUAUUAGAGUUGUUGACGGGUAAACGGGCUAUGGAUAACACCCGCUCCGGUCGUGAACAGAGCCUUGUGGAAUGGGCAAGGCCUCUAAUGAAGGACCCAAGGAAGCUUGAAAGGCUGAUAGACCCAAGACUUGAAGGGCAAUUUUCUUCUACAGGAGCCCAAAAGGCAGUGGCACUGGCUUACAAAUGCUUGAGCCACCACCCAAAGCCUAGACCUUCAAUGAGUGAAGUGGUCAAAGCGUUGGAGUCCCUUCAGGACUUCCAGGAUUCAUUUGUUGGACCAUUUGUGUAUGUUGUGCCAAAUGAAAAUGAUAGCAAGGAGAAUUUUGCAAAAGGGAAAGAAGUGACAAGAAUAAAAGAAAAGGAUUCUAGUGAAGAAAAUGGACAGCGUAAUCAUGUCAGUUGGAGACAUCGGGUCAAGCUGCCCAUGUCUAUGAUAACUUACUCAGAUUCUGGUUUGUAUAAGAAAUUUGUACAUAGUUUAAACUCUCCUAAUCACCACAAGGAAAAAGGGAGGGACAAGUAAGACUAUGAGUUCACUAUAUUUUAAAUCAGUAUAUAAGAAUUACAAGAAGAAUAAGUGUUUGUGAAAAUUAAUUAAGUUGAUUGAUUAUUUUUUUAGUAUUUGAAUAGGGUAUCCUGUAAACUAAAGGUAUACGCCAUAAGGCAAGGCCUGAAGAGUGCCAAGCUGCUUAUAAUUUCUUUUAUAUAAUUUUGUUGUAUCAUUUGAUUCUUGGGAAUAUAUGCAAAUGCAAG